CUAUACCAUUUCAGUCUGCAGGUGGAGGCUCACAUCAUCUGAAUGGUCCUCCUUCAAAAAACCAUUCCCCCUUUGCUUAGCAGCAACCUGAGCCCAGUAACUGCGAAACAGUGCAUUGAGAGAACAACACAGCUCCCAAUGAAACAGAUGUUUACAAACUCACAGAAAUGCCACCAAGACAGUUUCCCCCGCAAGCUCGUAGAAAAGCUGGCCCUACACCACAGGCAAUGCAGGAUGGGACAGUCAACAAGCCCCUGGGCCACAUUAUCCAGGACCGCUAAUGAACACACCCCAGCGUCCUCAAGGAGCUUAUGGAGCUCCCCCAGGUCAAAGAAAUGCACGUCCUAUAACUUGGAUGCCAGCUCCACCUCCACUUCCCAACUGCCCCCCAGGAUUGGAAUAUUUAAGCCAGGUUGAUCAGAUGAUCAUUCAUCAACAGAUUGAGCUUCUGGAAAUCAUCAUUGGCUUUGAAACCAGCAACAAGUAUGAAGUAAAAAAUGCUUGGGGGCAAAUGGUUUACUCGGCGAUUGAGGACACCGACUGCUGCACACGAAACUGCUGUGGAACAUUGCGGCCAUUUACCAUUAAAAUCACAGACAACGUGGGCCAGGAAGUGAUUGAGCUCCAGCGACCUCUCCGGUGCUCCAGCUGCUUGUACCCUUGCUGCUUGCAAGAGCUUGAAGUCCAUGCCCCUCCAGGCACCCCUGUGGGGUACAUUAAGCAGACGUGGCACCCCUUUCUGCCUAAAUUCACUAUCCAAAAUGAACUCCAUCAAGAUGUCCUCAAAAUCACCGGGCCCUGUAUAGUGUGCAGCUUCUGCCAAGAUAUUAAUUUUGAGGUGCUGUCACUGGAUGAGCAGACAGCGGUUGGAAGGAUUUCUAAGCACUGGUCUGGCUUUCUGAAAGAGGCCUUCACCGAUACUGACAACUUUGGAGUCCAGUUCCCGUUGGACCUUGAUGUUAGAAUGAAAGCUGUCCUGCUGGGGGCCUGCUUCCUGGUGGAUUUCAUGUUUUUUGAAUCCGCGGGAGGAGGCCGGCAGCGAAUGGGCGUCUGGGGUUAGGCCAGGCUACCGCCUUAUAAAUGCCUUGGAGAAAGUC